CUUCGGUUUCCUGUGCCGGAGUUUGAAGCGCGUGGUGGAGAACUUGCGCGUUUGUUUUCUCCAGUCAUGCGGCCCGGCUUUAGCCCCCGUGGAGGACGCGGUGGCUUUGGGGAUCGUGGAGGCCGUGGCGGCUUUGGAGAUCGCGGUGGUCGAGGAGGCUUUCGAGGAGGUCGAGGAGGUGGAUUUAAGUCGCCUGGUGGUAGAGGAGGAGGUGGUGGCUUCCGAGGCGGCAGAGGAGGCGGCAGCUUCCGAGGCGGCAGAGGAGGAGGUGGCCGAGGAGGACGGGGUGGCUUCAAAGGAGGCAAAAAGGUGACGGUAGAGCCCCACAGGCAUGAAGGUGUUUUCAUCUGCCGAGGAAAAGAAGAUGCCCUGGUCACGCGGAACCUGGUACCUGGCGAGUCUGUGUAUGGAGAGAAGAGAAUUUCUGUGGAGGAUGGUGAAACCAAGGUGGAAUACCGUGCCUGGAACCCCUUCCGCUCUAAGCUGGCUGCUGCCAUCCUGGGGGGCAUUGACCAGAUCCACAUCAAACCAGGAGCCAAAGUGCUGUACCUGGGCGCAGCAUCAGGGACAACGGUGUCUCACGUCUCAGACAUUGUUGGGCCGGAAGGCCUUGUGUACGCUGUGGAGUUUUCCCAUCGUUCAGGCCGUGACCUCAUUAACGUGGCAAAAAAACGGACCAACAUCAUCCCUGUCAUUGAGGAUGCACGGCACCCACACAAAUACCGCAUGUUGCUUGGUAUGGUGGAUGUGAUAUUUGCAGAUGUGGCUCAACCUGACCAGUCGCGUAUUGUGGCUUUAAAUGCACACAAUUUCUUGAAAAACGGUGGCCAUUUUGUGAUCUCCAUCAAGGCCAACUGCAUCGAUUCAACAGCAGCCCCAGAAGCAGUCUUUGCAUCAGAGGUGAAGAAGAUGCAGCAGGAGAACAUGAAACCCCAGGAGCAGUUAACUUUGGAGCCCUAUGAGCGAGAUCACGCUGUAGUGGUUGGCACAUACAGGCCACCACCUAAACAGAAGAAAUAAAGAGCAGAACCAGCUAGUCUUCCUUCUGGUGGUGAUUUAGGUCAGAGUGGAUUCUCUUGCCACUUUGAGUCAGGACUUUCUACAGGUGCGCCCUGGUUUCCUACGGGCCAAGCUUUUGUGUAGAGAUGCUUUCCUGCAUCCAUAUUCUAUAGCAUUCUCAGUUGUGCAUAUUUUUUUAUUAAAAUCAGUCAUGUAUUGAGGGGUUUUUUUAUGGGCUUGGAAAAGAGGGGCUGCUUGCGUAUAAUUAGCAAGGACAGACUUAACGAAGAGCCCUAUAUUUCUAUGCAGUGCCAGUUUCACAUUUUUGAAGGUCAUUGGUCAAGAUGCCCUUAAUAAAUUGACUUUCUCAUUACCAUUGUCAA